UCAUGGGCGGUAGUAGUGGCUGGUCCAGACUUGACGUGGAGAUUGUGCUAGCGUCCUUGAUUUGGGGAGGUUUCAAACAAGAUUCGGCUCAUUCGACCCUCACUUGAUAUCUGUGUUUUAGAGUAUUCUAUUUUUCCCACUUCCCCAAGAACUCCGUUCCCUAGUUCCAGAUUCGCAGUUUUUCGUGGUACUGUAUCUGUAGCCUUAAUAUCCCAUUCCUACUUUCCUCUCUCCAUGUAACACUGUGUCCUGUCCUGGGCUUUACCGCUGGUAUCUUUGUGUGGGAGAGCAAGAGCAGGAAACGUCAGAGACGCAGUCCUCAGUCCUCCAGGAUGAAUAGGAGCCCUAGCUGGUCUGAUCAACUGCAUGCAGUUCUCAAUUCAACUGAUGAAAAUAUGGCCCGGAUUAAGCAGAAUUUGUAUCCUCUUCGAGUUUCCUCUACAGGGGACCUGGCUGACACCUGGAUUUCCCCUCAUCAUUUGCCUCCACAGCCAGGGGCCCAAGCUCAUCAGCCUUGGCCUCUAAAGACUCCGGUUCUUGGAGAGAGACUGAGCUGCACUGAAUCUCACAGCUCAUCUCUCUGGAAUGAAAUUACUAAGCUCCGAUCCCAGCUUCAGGCUCAGGCUCAGGUGACUGCGGCGCUAAGGGGUGCUGUGCAGAGCCUGUUGAAGGAUCGGGAGCAGCAGAUGAAGAAGAUCAGUGCUCUGGAAGCAUCACUAAAAUUGCUUCAGGAGGGCCCAAAAGGGAGAGCCCUUCUGGAGCAACGCCUGGAAGGGUUGAGAAAGGAACUGCAGGGCCUUCGGAACCAGGUUCAAGAGCUAGUCCAAACCCAAACGAGAACAAGACCAGGGAAGUUCAGUAGUACCAAUGGCUUUCACCAAGAGCUGCGGACUGAGCACCAGCUUUUGUGGGAAGAGUCAGAGAUUCUUCGGGAGGAACUGAAGUUGCUUCGAGACCAGCUGAGCCAACAUCAGGAGUUGCUGCUGGAACAGAUAGCUGAAGGGCGCCAGGUUCAAGCCCGCAGCUGGAAGACGUUGGAACACCUACAGAGUGAACAGAAGGGCAAGUUUCAGACCCUGGAGGUUACCAGGACAGAGGCCCCUGAUGCCCAGAAGGAGGAGCCCUACUUCCUCAGGACGUCUGUUCAUGCCUGGCAAUCUAAGCUGCCUAUGGCCAACAUCUUCGCCAUGUCUCUUUCUUCAUCUAGCUCUGAAGUCAGUCUUCCAGACUGUGACCGUAGCUGGGAACUUUUAAAGAAACUAGACAGGGAACUCCAGAACUCCUUUUCUAACCCGGAACCCAGCAGCUCUCAGUCCCAUGCCCAGAGUCUUGGGCAAGAGGAUCUGUUCUUUCAAGGCCCCAAGAUCUUCCAGAGUGAGCUGUAAGGACUUGUGAGAAGAAUGAGAUGAAUCCAUCAAGGCAGUCUUCUCAUCCCCUCCGGUAUGUGCCCUCUUUACUGGGGCGCCUCACUGUCCAGCCAUUGCUGCUCCCCAGCUAAUUUCAAAUAAAGUGGGUCACUCUC